UACCUCGCCUCUCUCUCUCUCUCUCUCUCUAGAGUUUCUCUCUCUCCCUUGCUCUAUGCAAAUGAGGGGCCACUCGCAAGGAAACAUAACGCCCCUUUGAUGACGACAUCCUUUUCAGCCGUCAUCGCCGCCACCAUAUUAUUCCUCCUCGCCGUGCCCCAUACGCCGCCGUCGGUCCAUGCCCUCGGCGCCUCCGCCGCCACCAUUGCCGUCGUCUACGGUUCCGCCACCACAGUCUGCACCAUAGCUGCGGGGCAACCAGUCCAACAAAUUCAAUGUUGGAGUAACGGCCAAUUACUGCCACCCAUCCUCCCGAACAUCUCCUUCGACGCCGUCGCCGGCGGCCGAGACACCCUAUGCGGCGUUCGCUCCGGCGGCUUCAGCCUCCUCUGCUGGAACACCACCUUCACCCCUAAGCGGAUAUACAACAACGCCUCCGCUCCGUUAACUUCUCUCGCAAUUGGCGGCACUCAAAUUUGUGCGCUGAGGAACACCACCACCACCGAGCACAACACCAUCUGCUGGCGAGGAAAUGAUGAUUCAUCCGCCCAAAUUCCAAACAGGAACUCACAAUUUCGCAUGAUUUCAUCUGGAUUGGGAUUUUCCUGCGGAGUUUUAGCGAGCAACAAUCGGGUUCUAUGUUGGGGAGACGAUAAUGAAUUUUCUACCGCGAUCCAAUCGGAGUUUGCGAACUCAUCAAUGGCGGAUAUCCAGGUCGGUGGAAGGCAUGCCUGUGGAAUAGAUGAUUCAGGAUUUGUAAUUUGCAAAGGAGACAACACUAACAACCAGUUGAAUGUGCCCCCAAAUUCAUCCGCCGCCUACGAAUACAGGGCGCUGGCCCUCGGAGCAAAUCACACCUGUGCGAUCAGAAGAUUGAACCGCACGGUGGUUUGCUGGGGUGGAAUUGGAAAUGGAAGUAGCGAAUUUUCGAGUAAUAUUACUAAUGGUAUUUCAUUCGAAUCCAUUGUUGCAGGUUUGAAUUUCAGUUGUGGAUUGGUGACAAGCAAUUUCACAAUGAUAUGUUGGGGUCCUGGUUGGCCUAAUCAGUAUUAUUCUUUAGGUAUUCAUCUCCCUUUGAUGAAGACUCUACCAGGUCCCUGUGUUGAUACUCCUUGUCAGUGUAAUUUAUAUCCCGAAUCCCAAUCACUCUGUUCUGGAAACGGUCAUAUUUGUAGGCCUUGCGAUAAUCCCGUUUCGAUUCCGCCAAUUUUGCCGCCAUCACUUCCAUUGCCGCCUAGUAUUAGUCCAUCCCUUUCUUCACCCUCGAGAGGAAACCUCAGAAAGGGUUUACUUGCGUUUGCGAUUGUUGGAUCUGUUGGGGGAUUUGCUGGUGUUUGUGCUUUGAUAUAUUGUUUGUGGAGCGGUGUUUGUUUUGGGAAGAAGAAGAUUCAUAAUUCUGUGCAGCCAACUAUUGCUGCUGGCUCUAAUGGUGGUGGUGCUCAACAAUCUAGUAGCAAUCCUCCUUCACGGUCGUCCACUCUUAGGCGGCAAGCCUCCAUACUUAUGAGGCGGCAAAGGAGUGGAACUUCUACGAAACACACAGACAAGGCUGAGGAGUUUUUCUUCUCGGAUCUUGCUGCAGCUACUAAUAACUUUUCACUGGAAACCAAGAUUGGUGCCGGUAGUUUCGGUGUUGUCUAUAAAGGGAAACUACCUAACGGCCAAGAAGUGGCUAUCAAGAGAAGUGAGUCUGGUCCGAAAACGAAGAAAUUUCAAGAGAAAGAGAGUGCUUUCGACUCGGAAUUGGCCUUCUUAUCUCGUGUACAUCACAAGCAUUUGGUUAGGCUCAUUGGGUAUUGUGAAGAGAGGGAUGAAAGAUUGUUGGUUUACGAGUUUAUGAAGAAUGGAGCGCUUUACGAUCACUUACACGGCAAGAACAAUGUCAGAAACAACACUAGUGUGGUGAAUUCUUGGAAAAUAAGGAUAAAGAUUUCACUAGACGCUGCUCGUGGCAUUGAGUACUUGCACAAUUAUGCUGUACCGCCCAUAAUUCAUAGAGACAUCAAGUCUUCAAACAUCUUGCUCGAUGCUGAUUGGACCGCAAGAGUGUCCGACUUUGGAUUAUCUUUAAUGGGUCCGGUGAAUGAUCGUGAAUAUAGGCCGACAAAAGCUGCGGGUACAGUUGGAUAUAUUGAUCCAGAGUAUUAUGGACUAAACGUGUUGACUGCAAAGAGUGAUGUUUACGGGUUUGGAAUAGUUUUGUUGGAAAUUUUGACAGGGAAGAGGGCUAUAUUCAAGAAUGGGGAAGAUGGAGGAACGCCAAUAAGUGUGGUGGACUAUGCAGUGCCGUUGAUCAUGGCUGGGGAAUUGAGCAAGAUUCUGGACCCUCGGAUUGGUCCGGUUGAGGAUAAUGAAUCGGAGGCGGUGGAAUUGGUGGCUUAUACGGCUAUGCAUUGCGUGCAUUUGGAAGGGAAAGAUAGGCCUAGCAUGAGUGACAUUGUUGCUAAUUUGGAGAGAGCUUUAGCUCUGCUUUGUGAAGAUAAUAGCCAUGGCAGCAUUUCUAGUGGUCAAAUCUCCAUUGUUUCGGAUUGAAGUUUUGAUUAAACCAAAAUAAUACAUGAUGAUUCUUUGUCCAUUUUAUUUUAAUUUUUUGAGAUUGUUUCAGCUAUAGUUUUGUAUAGUAGAGGAUAUGUUCUAAGUUAUAACACUGAGCUUUUAGUGUAGGAUUUUGUAAAUCAUUGUUUAUUCA